UAAUGAAACAUUAAGAAAAAGCAAAGAAUAAUAAUGUGUAAGUUGAGUAACAAUGAUUGUAAGUUGCUGUGCUUCAUCAUCCUUGUUCUCCUCUUUGAUCACUUGACUUCAGAAUCAGAUAGUCUUGAAUUCGCAUGCAAGCCACCACGCCAUAGCACCUAUCCUUUCUGCAACACCUCCCUCACCAUCUCAGUCAGAGCUCAAUCCCUUAUCUCACUCCUCACACUCUCCGAGAAGCUUCAGCGCCUCACAACCAAUUCCUCAUCCAUUCCCAGGCUCGGCAUUCCUCCCUACCAGUGGCGGAACCACGCUCUCCAUGGUGUUGCAGCCACCACUGUUGCUUCCGCAACAAGCUUCCCUCAGGUGAUACUCACAGCGGCUUCAUUCAAUAGGACGCUUUGGUAUUUGAUUGGUUCUGCCAUUGGCGUGGAGGGAAGGGCUUUGUACAAUGUUGGACUAGCUGGUUUGACUUUUUGGUCUCCAAAUGUCAACGUUUUUAGGGACCCUCGGUGGGGGAGGGGACAAGAGACCCCUGGUGAGGAUCCUAUGGUUUCUUCUGCCUAUGCUUCUGAGUUUGUGAGGGGCCUCCAGGGUGGUCCUCAUGAUCAUGGACUCUUCGUCUCUGCUUGUUGCAAACAUUUUACAGCUUAUGAUUUGGACAAGUGGGCCAAUUUCACCAAGUAUAACUUCAAUGCUCUUGUAACAGAGCAAGAUUUGGAGGACACUUAUCUGCCCCCAUUUCGUAGUUGCAUUCAACAAGGCGGAGCAAGCUGUUUGAUGUGUUCUUUCAACCAAGUUAAUGGUGUUCCAGCUUGUGCCAAUGAGGAUCUACUUGGACUAGCUAGAACCAAGUGGGGUUUUCAAGGGUAUAUCACCUCAGACUGUGAUGCAGUGGCCACUGUUUAUGAAUAUCACAAGUAUGCAAAAUCAGCAGAGGAUGCUGUUGCUGAUGUUCUCAGAGCAGGUGUGGACAUUAAUUGUGGAACAUACAUGCUUAGACAUACUCAAACUGCUAUCAAACAAGGAAAGGUAAAAGAAGAGGAGCUAGAUAGAGCUCUUUUCAACCUAUUCUCGGUUCAACUUCGCCUAGGAAUGUUUGAUGGCGACCCCAGAAAGGGGCAGUUUGGGAAAUUGGGGCCAUGGAAUGUUUGUAGCACAGAGCACAGAACCCUGGCACUUGAGGCUGCAAGGCAAGGGAUUGUGCUGCUGAAGAAUGAGAAUAAGAUCCUUCCAUUGGAUAGAGAUUUUAUUACCUCUUUAGCUGUAAUUGGUCCAAUGGCAACAGAAACUAAAUUAGGUGGUGACUACUCAGGAAUAGGCUGCUCCUCAAGAAGCAUAUAUGAGGAACUCCAAGAGUUUACAAAGGGAUUCUUAUCGAUUUCAUACGCUUCUGGUUGCCAUGACAUAGCAUGCCAAUCAGUUGAAGGUUUCAAUGAAGCCAUUGAAACUGCUAAAGAAGCUGACUAUGUUAUCAUAGUUGCUGGAAUUGACACAACACAAGAGGGAGAGGAUCUUGACAGAGAUAGUCUUGUAUUACCUGGUGAACAGAUGGCACUUAUAUCCGCCAUAGCCGAUGCUAGUAAGCGUCCAGUGAUUCUAGUACUCACUGGUGGAGGCCCCCUUGAUGUUUUGUCUGCUGAUAGAAACCCUCUCAUUUCAAGUAUUCUGUGGGUCGGUUACCCUGGUGAGGCUGGUGCAAAAGCAUUGGCUGAGAUUAUAUUUGGACUCGUUAAUCCAGCUGGAAGGCUUCCAAUGACAUGGUAUCCAGAGUCAUUUACCAAUGUGCCCAUGAGUGACAUGAACAUGAGGGCUGAUCCAUCUCGUGGCUAUCCAGGAAGAACAUACCGAUUCUACACUGGCACUAGAAUUUACGGAUUUGGACAUGGACUCAGUUACAGUGCUUUCUCAUACAAGUUCUUAUCAUCAUCACCAACUAAAAUUAGUUUGCAUAAAAGUCUAAAGGCAGAGAGAUUAGAAGGUGUUGAUGAGGUUCUAGUUGAUGACAUGCAAGAUUGCAGCAAGUUGAGAUUUGGAAUGCAAGUUUCUGUGAUGAACCUUGGUGACUUGGAUGGAAGGCAUGUUGUGAUGUUGUUCUCUAGGUGGCCUAAAGUUCUACAAGGUUCUCCAACAACACAGCUGGUUGGUUUCAGCAGUGUGCACACUGUUUCUUAUGAAUCUAUUGAAACAAGCAUUUUGGUAGAUCCUUGUCAACACUUGAGCCUUGCUCAUGAGAGUGGAAAGAGGAUAUUACCCUUAGGCAGUUACACAUUCAGUGUAGGGGAUACACACCAUACACUUUCACUUCAAAUUUAUUGA